AUGAAGACAAUUCAGAAUGAAGAAAUAAAAACAGUAGUGUUAAGAAUCUCUAAGUUAAUAUUAUCCGAAAUUAAAAAGAUAUACAAAAUUUUGGAUGACAUAAUGAGUAAUCGUAGUUGGGAAGAGAAAAUCAGAAGACGUUUCAUUUCUUCUAGUUACAAAAAAAAAGUUGUAAACAUUUUAGAAAAAAGAAAAAAGAAAGUUAAUGAAAAAGUUAAGAAAUAUAUCCUUUUGAAACAGUACUAUCAAAGAUUGUGUAGAUUGUAUAAAAAGGAGAAUUCUCUUUUAAGGAAUUUAUUUGUUACAAGUUUCAGAAAAUUUAAAGAUCAGAAAUGUUUGGACAUUCCAAAUAAUAUAUCCAAAAGAGAUGAUGCAUACACAGAGGAGCACGAAAAAAUUACUACAGAGGAAAUUCUGAAAAAAUGUGGCUUCUCAUUCUCAUACAAAGGUUUGUACAAUCUAUGUAAAAUAUUGAGAAUAUGUUCUGUAGAGAGGGAGAAAAGACGGAACAGGAUCCGAGGUGCAAUAAAAAAUGGAAAUAAGCCCCGAUUACACAAAAAAGGAUGUAAUAACAUUUUCCGUUUUUGUCUCCGUGAGGAAGUGACUCAUAAGGAGCUAGAUCAUUUCUCAGAGGGGAAUCACAUGCAUGGCAAAAAGGGGUCUUUAUAUUGUGGAAACAUGCUUCGAAACAAGAUUUCAAUUGGGAAUGGUGGAGAAGUGAGUGGUGGAGAAGUGAUUGGUGGGGAAGUAAGUGGUGGAGAAGUGAGUGGUGGAGAAGUGAGUGGUGGAGAAGUGAGUGAUGGAAAAGUGAGUGGUGGAAAAGUGAGUGGUGGAAAAGUGAGUGGUGGAGAAGUAAGUGACGGAAAAGAGAGUGACGGAAAAGAGAGUGACGGAGAAGUGAUUGGUGGAGAAGUGAGUGGUGGAGAAGUGAUUGGUGGGGAAGUAAGUGGUGGAGAAGUGAGUGGUGGAGAAGUGAGUGAUGGAAAAGUGAGUGGUGGAAAAGUGAGUGGUGGAGAAGUAAGUGACGGAAAAGAGAGUGACGGAGAAGUGAGUGACGGAAAAGAGAGUGACGGAAAAGAGAGUGACGGAGAAGUGAGUGACGGAGAAGUGAAUGGUACAUCUGGGGUAGGAGCCCAAAGUCGUCAGGAAGAAUCUUCCAAGAUGCAAACGGCGAUGCCUUAUGAACUCCCAAGAACCACGGAACUAAAGUGCAAUAAGGAAAUGAGUAAGUCGAACGAAACAAAUUUGAAAGGAAAGAAUAGUGAUGAUAUAAAGUACAAUGCAGAUAAAGAGGAAGAAACGAAAUAUAUAAAUGAAGUUAAUCAAAAGGACCAAGAAAGUGGUAUAAAUAGUGUUGUUGUUAUUGAAGAGGAAGAGGUAUCAAGUGUGAAAGUUAUAUCUGUGGUUGACAUGAAUAUAUGA